GGUUUACUUGUUUUUUGGUUGCCUCAGCUGGACACUCAUCUGCAACCAAAUAUUGCAGAAAAUUAUAGAUGGAGCUUUCAGGACAAAUGCAAGCUUUUCUUCUGUACCUUCAUAAUCAAAUGGCUCCCAUGGAGCAGUAACCUGCCAUCUUUAAUCUUCUUUUUCAGCUUGAUCUUUUGGUCCGUAUAUUUCAAUAUAAUGUAAAAAUAUCUUAAUAAUUCAUACUACAUUCAAGUACAUUUUUAAAAAUUAUUAACACUAGAGUCUUUCAUAAAUCCGGAGGUUCUAAAUUCUUCAUUAAUUUAGCGUCUUAAAAUUUUCUAUACUUGUGCGGGCUGCCUUUUGACCAUACUGUUGUACGUUGAUUGAUUGAAGAAUUAAAAGGCGACUGCGCAGGAGCAUAGCCGCUUUUUAUUUCACUUUUCCUCCGCAGCUCUUUGUGAAUUUUUCUUUACUCGUUCUCGACGACCGAUGGCCAGAAGAUGAAGUCCCUGAGAAGCCACUGAGUUGUGGGGGUUGAUGGUGUGCUUGUGGGGUUUUUGCUGUGUAUUUUUCUUUACUCGUUCUCGACGACCGAGGGCCAGAAGAAGAAGACCCUGAGAAGCCACUGAGUUGUAGGGGUUGAUGGUGUUCUUGUGGGGUUUUUGCUUUCUGGGUUCCCUUUCCUUUUAAAAGCAAUUCCUCCUUUUCACUCUUCAAUCUUAUCCACGACGAAGAAGUGGAACAGCUUGCUCUGAUCAGACUCUGGUUACUCUUAAAAUCUUCUUUACCCUUUAAGUGGGAGCUGAUGUUUUGAGUUGAGCAGAUUGUGUACUGCUCGAGUUUCGAGCGUUGUUCAUCCGUCGGUCAUCUCUUGAACUGUCGUUUGCUCUUCUACUGGCUCAUAUGCGGUCGAAGAGCGUGGAAAAUUUUUUGAAGUUCUGAAAUUUUUGUUGGGAGCUCGGUCGAAAAUUCUGCUAAAUUAGUCGCGUUCAGCAACUGGGGUGUGGAAAAUAUUGCAGUAUACUUCGUGGGUUGGGGUUUCUGUUGGCUUUCGGGCUUGUGUUUUCAUGGUUGGUUGCAUAUAUAGUGGCUGAAGGAAGGAAUUAAAAUCGUUUGCCUAUAAGGGAGGACAAAGCUUGUCAUCAUCUCAUUUUCUGCUUUGGGCAUAGUAGGAUACAGGACAAUUCCCUGUUAGAUGGGGACUGAUGUUGCUGUAAUAAUGGGAACAGUUCCAUAUCCUUGUGCUGUGAAGGUGCAUCAUUUAAUGUGCACAGAGCUUAGGAAGUUGCUUGAUAGAAUCUCCAAGAUAUUUCCAGAAAUAGAAGCAGCUCGACCUCGAUAUCCAUCAGGAAUUCAGGCGCUAUGCUCUUUAUACCAUGCAAUUGAGAGAGCCAAAUCAAUCCUUCAUUACUGCAGUGAGUCUAGUAAGCUGUACUUGGCAAUGACAGGCAAUAAAAUAGCCUCAAGAUGUGAAAGAUCAAGGGACCGUUUAGUGCACUGUUUGGGCCAAGUUCAGAACAUGGUUUCAGUAAUGUUGCAAGUACAGAUAUCUGGAAUAAUUGAGGAUCUUAGGGGUGUAACAUUUGUCCUGGACUCACGUGAAGAAGAGGCAGGAAAGGCUGUGUUUGCAUUUUUCCAUCAGGACACACCUGCAUUAGAUUCAAGAGAAAAUUCUGAUAUUGAACCUCUUAAACUUGCUGUUUCAAAGCUGCAUAUUAAUUCCUCGAGGGCUCUCUUGGUGGAGAGAAGAUCCAUUAAGAAGCUAUUGGAUAAAGUCAGUGAUAGGGAACAAACAAAGAAGAAGAUGCUAAAUCGUCUUUUGUAUCUUCUGAAGAAGCAUGGAAAACUGCUUUUGGGAGAUCAAAUACAGGACACAGGUCUUCAGCAUGAAGAAUCAUUCUCUUAUAGAAGUUCUCUUUGCACCACUGUUAAAGAGGAUUCUUGUGUAGAAUAUGGAAAAAAUAAGGCUCAAACUGAUAUCUUGAGCAGUUCCAUACCUCCACAGGAAUUUAUAUGCCCCAUAUCUUUAAAAUUGAUGUAUGAACCUGUUGUCAUUGCUUCUGGACAAACAUUUGAAAGGAUGUGUAUAGAAAAGUGGUUUUGCGAGGGUAAUGAUAUUUGUCCAAAAACUCAGAAAAAGUUGCCCCAUCUGUCAAUGAUGCCAAACACUGUUAUGAAGGAUCUAAUUUUAAAAUGGUGUGUUGAGAAUGGAGUCAUCAUUCCUGACCCACGUAUACAAACAAUGGUACAUAACUCCUGGGAAGCUUCUUCUAUUUCCAUUGCUAGCUUUGGCAGCUCAAUGAAUGACAUAUGUCGUCAAAUGGAUUUUGUUGAUGUGUCACUUGGAUCUAUAGAUACUAGCUUCAGUUCAGAUUCUUCACAUGUUAAGGUUAUGAAUGGCUCAGGUUUGGUGCCAGUGUGUUCUAGUGGACAUGCUCACAAAUUUCAACCUUAUGAUGGAAAUAUGCAUGAUACAGAGCCAGAGUAUCUAUGUGAACUUGCUGCGCUUUCAUGGGAUUCCCAAUGCAAGGCAGUUGAAGGUCUAAAAAAUUAUUUGGUUGGCAGUGAUCGAGCUUGUUAUUCUAUGUCUUCUGAGAAUCUUGUUGGCCCACUUAUAAAAUUCUUGAAAGAUGCACAAGAUCUGCAUGAUGUAAAAGCUCAGAAAUCUGGAACUCAGUUGUUACUGGCAUUUAUGAGAAAAAGCAGGAGCGGAGAACAGUGCUUACAAGAAGAUGCAUUUACUCUGUUGGCAUCUCUCUUCGAUUCAGAAGUAGCUAAAGAAGCCCUUACCAUAAUAGAAGUACUAUCUAGCCACCAGUGUUGUUUAUCUAAAAUUACAGCAUCUGGUGCUGUUAAUUCCGUCUUAAAGAUCCUCACCCAGACCAGAGAACUCCGAGAGCCUGCUGUUAAAAUUCUAUAUAACUUGUCAUCAAAUAUUGAUGUUUGUUCCCUUAUUGCAUCGUUAGGGUGCAUCCCAAAAUUGGUUCCUCUUAUGGCUGAUAGUUCUCUUGCAAAAUAUUGUAUAAUUAUUUUGAGCAAUCUGUGUAAGACUGAAGAGGCUAGGGUUUCUGUUGCUGAUACUAAUGGAUGCAUUGCAUCCAUUGCUGAAAUACUUGAGAAUGGCAGUCAUGAGGAUCAAGAGCAUGCAUCGGCCACUCUCCUUUCGUUAUGCUCCCAACGUGUUCAAUAUUGUGAGUUGGUCAUGAAAGAGUGUGUUGUCUCUUCCCUUUUUGAUAUAUCUGUCAAUGGAAGUGAAAGGGGAAGAGCAAGUGCACUGGAAUUGCUCCGAGUUCUAAGGGAUUUUGAUCAUACUGAUGUACAAGAGCACCCUGGAUCUGACCUUGAUAUCUCUGUGGAUUCUGGUGACAACUCUAAUGAGAAGAAACCGUCGUCAUCUACCCAGACUUCUGGAUUUUUUGGAAGAAUUUUCUCAAAACCGACUUCUCUCCAUCAAAAAAGAAGACAUAAAUUCCAUAUUUUCAAAUUCAUCGCCCAACCUUCUCAUCACGGUGAAUAACAUGGUGCGUGCUGGCCAAAAUUCUCUGUUUCUUCUAGCCUGAAUUAAAGGGGAGGAUUGAGGUUAAUUGUCAUGGGCAGUAUUUAGGUUGAGGGAGGAUUGAAGUGCGUUAUGUCAUUGUAUAAAGAUUAGGAAACUCAGUUUCUUUAAUAAUUUUCUAGCAAUUUGUAUAAAGGCUGCGCUAUUUGCGCUUCACUCCUUUGAAGGAGUGAAAGAAAGAUUUCCUUAAGCA